GCCCCGACUACCCACCAAAGAACUCCCCCAAAAAGCCACAGAACAGCCAUGAGAAUAAGGAAGCACGCCAUGAUUUGUCCACUGAUGUACGCAGCAUCUUCACUGAAACCUGGAACCGUGAUUCAAUGCCGGUUAAAUAUGUCCCCUUGGGACGUUAUGAAUUUUUCGCCACCACUGCCUUCACCGUCGUUCCAGGUGAAUGGAACUGAUAAUUUAGCGAAAAAUGGGAGCUUGGGAGAAUCUAAUGCAGCUUUUCAGAGUGCUGCAUCACCGAAAAUUGCUGCGGACGAUGGACAAACUGGAGAGAUCAAAGCUGGAAAAUGGGAUAAUUCCAACGGCGAUGAAGGCAAUGUGGGCGGCUCUGCCCAUGAUAACUCGGAUGAAGGCCCUGCAAAUCCCGGGUUAAAGAAGGAAAAGGAGAUUAUAUAUUGUGCCAAGACAGAUGGAAAAGCAUGGAAAUGCAAGAAUGAGGCGGCCGAAGGGAACUCUUUGUGCAAGCACCACUUUUCUCAAGUCCGAAACUACUACUCGGCCCUUCCAACGACGAAGCAUCAAGAUAAGGAGGCAGCUGACUCUAAGCACAGGCCACGGGCCAAGAAGGCAGCUUCAACAUCAAAUCCGAAUGAAUUUUACUACUAUUCGGGAUUUGGACCACGAUGGGGCAAGAAGAGAGGCGGGAAGAGUCUGGACGUCCCUAAAAAUGUUGAGCAAGAACGUGAAAUGAUACAACCCACAUUCUCUCAAAUCAACAAUGAAGAAUUCGAGAUCGAGUAUGAGGUAGAAGAUGAGGAGGGUGGCAAUAGUGGGAGGAAAAAAGCCCGAAAGCCUAUUAAAGCAAGAUCACUAAAGUCUCUAAUGUGAUUGGAAGGAAAACUUGUGUAAAAACUAAAAAUGUGUGGUUUUUAAUAAUUUUGUGGCCCAUACUUUGACUAGUAAGGGUAAUAUUGCACUUUCAUUUAAUGCAAUG